AGAUGGCGUCAGAGAACGAGAAGCACGAACACUAAGGAAUUUGUUCAGUGGUGUCUGUGUCUGUGAAUUAUAUUGAAGGAAAAAAGAGUGUUUUGUUUAUAAAUUUAAUUGCAAAAACUGCACAUAGUCACACGGGGCGCGUGCACACGCACACCCACGCCCACACGUCGCCAAACAGCCAAAUCAAACCCGAGAAUGUUAUCAAUGAAGCGUUCCCCAACGAACGCCAAGUGAAUUUUUUUAGACACCGAGGGACGGAAAAAAAUGGCGCCCGCAGCCAGAGCAACUUGACUUUCUUUUCGGUCUAUAUAGUAGUUCGCCCCCGUCUCGUCGUCGGCGAACGAAUGCGGUGAUUUUUUCGAUUUCGUCGCAGUGCGAUAUACCUAAAAUAUAAAAAAGGAAAAUAAAUAAAAGAAGAUAGAAAGAAAAAGUGCUUGAGAACCCAAACGUUUUGAAAUUUGUUGUGUAUAUUUUGGCUUCGAAUACAGCCGCAAAAAUACCAUUACCAAUUUCCACUUACUACUACUAGAGGAGGCUAGUAUUUUGUACGUGCUUUAGAAUACAUACAUACAUACCUACAUAUACCACAAAGCAAGCGAGAAGUGCAAUUACAUUUGCGUUUGGAAAUUUUGCGCUUUUUUCUCUUCCGUCCCGUUCCCCCCCGAAAAAAAUUCCCGCUCCCCCUCUCUCUCUGUCUCGCUAUCUGCCCCCCGCAUUGUGGUAAAUAAUGUGCGCCGCCCAGAAUCCGCCGCCCUUCGGCUAUACCUGGGGCUUUGCGGACAACAGCAGCCGCACCGCCGAAUCGGUACUGGAGAUAUCGCCUAACAUCAACUAUACGGUCAGCGGGGAGUCGAUGCCCUACCUGUUAUCGACGGAUGGAUCAUUGUCCGUUCAAAAGGAUGUCAAAGGCCUUACAGCUGGCGGUAAAAAUAAUGUCGUUCGUCGUAUGUUUGUCGUAAACGAUCCAUCAUUUCCGCCUGGAACACAAAGAGUUAUAACCGCCGGUGGAGCAUCGACGGUGGUCAAGAAACAGGACCCAAAUCAGCAGGUCCUGAGCCUCGACAAGAACUAUCUGUUAGUAGAUCCGGCCACAGCCGCAGCAGCUGCAGCCGCUGCUGGUGGGGAUCCGGGGCUCGCCCACCAUCACACGUUGACCAACGGCAGCAUUGUUGAUGCCAAGACCGGACAGACGGUGCUAACUGCCGGAUCUGCGGCGGCCAAGUCGCACUUCAGCUCGAUCGGAGCACUGCAUCUCACGCAAGAGGAGUGCAACGAGAUCCUGAUCAAGCGCGCCAUCGCUGCCGGCCACCAUCAGACGCACACAAUCACCGCUGCCGACGGAUCCCAUCACCAUGCGUCCGGCGGGACACCAAGCUUUUGUUCCGUUGGCGGUGCAACAACACUCUUAGGUGACAUACUUCCUGGUAUUUCAGUUCAAGUACAGAAAGUAAUACAAGGACUAGAGGAUAACGAGGACUCACAGGGCGAAGCACCCAACUUAAAGUUGGAGCCAGGCACAUUAGAGUUGUCCCCGAAGACCGAACUACAGGAAUCAAUGCAUUUCAGCGAAACGGACGCCACCAUUAAGAAGGAACGCCCGUACAGUUGCGACGAGUGCGGCAAGUCCUUUCUGCUCAAGCAUCAUUUGACAACCCACGCACGCGUGCACACAGGUGGUGAACGGCCCCACAUCUGCACCCAUUGCGGCAAGAGCUUCGCGCACAAGCACUGUCUCAACACUCACCUGCUGCUUCACUCCACGGAGAGACCUUAUCAGUGCCAGGAGUGCAAGAAGAGCUUCACCCUCAAGCACCAUCUGCUGACCCAUUCGCGGGUCCACAGCCGAGAGAGACCCUUUGUCUGCCAGGAGUGCGGACGCGCCUUUCCGCUUAAGCGACACCUGGUCACGCACAGCAAGUUCCACGCCGGCGAGCGGCCGUAUGUCUGUGAGGAAUGCGGUGAGAGCUUUGCCCAGGAGAACCACCUGAUUAUGCACUCGCGCUUCCACGGUUCAUUGAAUCCAUUUGUUUGUGCUGAAUGCGGAGCUUCGUUUCCACGAAAGUUCCAAUUGGUUAACCACGGACGUAUUCACGGCAAAAUCCCCCACUCGUGCACCGUGUGCGGCAAGGAGUUUCUACAAAAGCGAACACUAGUUUCCCACAUGAGGCGCGUACAUACUGGAGAGCAGGCGCAUCCCUGUGUCAGCUGCGGCGAGGGAUUCCUCACCAAGGCCGAGCUGCAUCAGCAUGUGAGGACGGCUCACAAUGGAGUCAAUCCCAACACGAGCAGUGCCACCAUAAUAGCCAAUCAGCAGCAGCUGCAACAGGCCCAUCAUCAUCAGGCCGGUCAGCAGACGCAUCCGCAGACCAUAACCGUGGUAAGCAAUCCUGGUAACUCUACGUUGCUGACUGUUUCCACCACGGAUGCCAAUGGUGUGGCACGUCCGCAGUUUGUUUGCCGGGAAUGUGGUAGCGCUUUUAAUAGCCGAGAGGCCUUGGCACUUCAUUUGCGCCUACACACUGGCGACAAGAGCCUAAUGACAGAUCUGUGUGCCUUGACAGCCGCGCUGCCGGGUCAUUUCUUGAGCACGGCAAGCUUGAACCCGGGCACUGUGGUCACGGCCAAUCCGAAUCUGGUUGGUCAGAGCCCUGUGCCAGUGCAGAUCAUAUCGUCCACCGGUCAGGUGAUGUCUCAGACCACGCUGGUGCAGGCCGCCAAUUCGACCCAUCCCCAAGCUGUGGUCACCGCGGUGCCUACGAUGCCCGUGCACGGUCAGCAACAGCACCUGCAGCACGUGGCCCAGCAGCAGCAGCAACAACAGCAACAGCAGCAACAACAACAGCAGCAUGUCGUCUCUGUGGCGCCGGCCAAUAAGCCGAAGUCCCAUUUCUGUGCCAGCUGCGGCAAGGGAUUCGCCGCCAAGCACGGACUCAUGCAGCACAAUCGGCGUCACCCGAACGGCGGAUGCACGGUGCGCACCCACGUGUGUGAAUGCGGCAAGGCCUUCUUCCAGAAGAACCACCUGAUGCUGCACCAGCGCCAGCAUUUGGAGACGAAGCCAGCCAUAUCGCAGCAACAGGAGGCCUCUGCCCAACAGCAACUGGCGUCUGCCGGCGAACAGCAACAGGUGCAGGUACAGAUAAUGCCCGAUGGCCAGAUUCACGGAAAGGUGAUUAAGUACGAGAUCUGCCGCAAUGUGUUGCCGGAGGAUCAACAGCAGGAGCAGGCGGACAUGAGCGCUGAGUAAUCGAGAGCGUUUGUAAAUAUAUAUAAGUGAAAAGUGGAAAAGCAACAUCAGCAGCACCAUAGAUAGCAACAGCAACAGGAAAAGCAUCAGUAGGAACACCUUCAGCGAAAAACGGAUCACCAGCGCACACGGGCAGACACAGGCAGAUCCCUCCCAGAAAGGUCCUCGAAGUGGGGCGCAUGCGUUUAAAGCUAUUCCCUUAAAUGUAAUAUUCUAGUUAGUCUUAGGUUACCAGCUAAGUAAUCGCAUUGUACACAUAAAAGUUAACUAGCGUUACAGACAUGAACACACACACCUUAUAUAAUAUAUAUAUAUACAGACAUAUAUAGAUUUACGUAUAGAGAGUAUCUGUUAAUUUUUGCGAUGCCUUGGUCGCAUCUAAAACAACAACCUGUAUGAGUUGCAAGUUUUAAAGCGUUACGUUCAAUUGGUUUUACGCAUUACACGAGUUUUAAAUAACACAACUUAUACACAAACUUAUAUUCAACUAGAUGACAAAUAGUUAUGCUUAAGUGUAAACUGUAUACAUAUUAACACGAAACAUAGAUGAGUACGGAUAGUUCUAGACACUAGUAUGCGUUGCACUUGAAUACGUAACCAGCGGCUCCAAUCCAGAUAUGGCGUGGAUGUUUGCGUGGUCGCGAUCGUGGGCAUGGACUUGGGCCUGUGGUUGAUCCCUGCCCAGAAUCGCGUUGGUGCAGCACAUUUCGAAUGUACAUAAAGAAACCGGAGCUCGCUGUAGUCCCAGGCAAAUGCAUAACAGGUCUGACUCCAGUUGGAGUCUAAACUGGGACUAAGGAAUGUGGAGUAGGUGCCUGGCACAAAAACUAGCUAACACAGAUAUUCAACACGAACACGAACAGCGAGAGAAAUCUCUAGCGUAGGUGACUGCAAUUGUUUGACAACCCAAAACACCAGCCUAGCAAACGAAAAACUUUAAACAUUAUUCAAUGAAAUUAGAACACAAGAAGCAGCUAACAAGAACAGACAUUCUUAUAACCAAACCCACAUCAUGUAAUGCACGCUUGGCGACGUAUAUCACACACAAACACACUGUAAAAAUUCUACGUUAAGUCUUAGGAAUGCGUUAAAGCAGACGGAACAUAAUUGGUAAUUAUCGUAAUCUGAUAAAUGAAACAAUAAAUAAUGAACCUACA